ACAGACCUCUCCAAGGAGAGAUGGAAUGUAGACUGGCUCACCUGUAGCACAGCAUGGGAGGAAGAAGUGUUGACCACCAUAUAAGCAGUUGUACUCGUGAUUCUUCAUCCCUUGCUGUCACCGCUCUGAAGAAGCACCAGGAAGCCAACUAUCAGGCGGAGAAAUUCUGAGCGGGCGACGUCAUGACGCACAAGGCCCGCCCAAGGGCGCACAAGACGCGUAAAUAAGACGUCGACGGCCGGCAGGCAGCCUCGGGGCCUGACGGGAUUGUGGCGGUCCUCUCUCCCAACUCGGAAGCUGCGGCUACCUCCGGACGCUUUCAAGAUGGCGACCUCUCUGGGUUCCAACACCUACAACAGGCAGAACUGGGAGGAUGCGGACUUCCCUAUUCUGUGCCAGACGUGUCUUGGAGAAAACCCAUAUAUCCGAAUGACCAAAGAAAAGUAUGGGAAGGAAUGCAAAAUCUGUGCCAGGCCAUUCACAGUGUUUCGCUGGUGCCCCGGGGUCCGCAUGCGUUUCAAGAAGACUGAAGUUUGCCAGACCUGCAGUAAAUUGAAGAAUGUCUGUCAGACCUGCCUCUUGGACCUAGAGUAUGGCUUGCCCAUCCAGGUUCGUGACGCAGGAUUGUCUUUUAAGGAUGACAUGCCAAAGUCCGAUGUCAACAAAGAAUACUACACACAGAAUAUGGAGCGAGAAAUUUCUAACUCUGAUGGAACACGGCCAGUUGGCAUGUUGGGGAAGGCCACAUCCACCAGUGACAUGCUGCUCAAACUGGCCCGGACCACACCCUACUACAAAAGAAAUCGACCCCACAUUUGCUCCUUCUGGGUGAAAGGAGAAUGUAAGAGAGGAGAGGAGUGUCCAUACAGACAUGAGAAGCCAACAGAUCCGGAUGACCCCCUUGCUGAUCAGAAUAUUAAAGACCGAUAUUAUGGAAUCAAUGACCCUGUGGCAGAUAAACUUUUAAAGCGGGCAUCAACAAUGCCUCGUCUGGACCCACCAGAGGACAAGACUAUCACCACACUGUAUGUUGGUGGUCUGGGCGAUACCAUUACUGAGACAGAUCUAAGAAAUCACUUCUACCAGUUUGGAGAGAUCCGAACAAUCACUGUUGUGCAGAGACAGCAGUGUGCUUUCAUCCAGUUUGCCACAAGGCAGGCUGCAGAAGUGGCUGCUGAGAAGUCCUUUAACAAGUUGAUCGUCAAUGGCCGCAGGCUCAACGUGAAAUGGGGAAGGUCCCAAGCAGCCAGAGGAAAAGAAAAGGAGAAGGACGGAACCACAGACUCUGGAAUCAAGCUAGAGCCCGUUCCAGGGCUACCAGGAGCUCUUCCUCCUCCUCCUGCCGCAGAAGAAGAGGCCUCAGCCAACUACUUCAACCUACCCCCCAGCGGUCCUCCAGCCGUGGUUAACAUCGCCCUGCCACCCCCACCUGGUAUUGCCCCGCCCCCACCCCCAGGUUUUGGGCCACACAUGUUCCACCCAAUGGGACCACCCCCUCCUUUCAUGAGGGCUCCAGGACCAAUCCACUAUCCUUCUCAGGACCCUCAGAGGAUGGGAGCUCAUGCCGGGAAACACAGCAGCCCCUAGCACAUUAUCACCACUCUGGGGAUCUACGGAAGAGAGGGCGCUUAAAAAUCCCAGUAAAUGAAUCUUGGAAUAAAUAUAUUUUUCCUUCCUUUGUAGUUUCCAUGAUAACGGAAUGUGUUCAGGUGUGGGCAGUUGGAGAACAACAGCCGUGCUUUCCUACAUGUGCUCAAAGGAUUGAUGGACCUGAAAUAAGCUGCCAUUAACACAUCUGGUUACUGCUAUAACAUUACUAAUAAAGCUUAAUGCGUCUUCCCCUUACCUGUAUGGGGAACAAGCAACUGGGUAAAUUGGAAUGUCCAGUGGAGUUACCAUCCCAAUUAAAUGUUCAUUUUGUAUCUUUUCUGGGGGGAAAAAGUUGACCUGCAGUAAAAAACCAAACAACUUUGACCAUUUUUAUGUCCAUUGGAUAUCUUCCUUUUUAUCAUCUAAAAAAAGAUUACUAGUACUAAUCAUUGUAGUGGCAAGAGUGUGAUUUAACGCUUCUAAAGUCACACUCAGAAAGACAAGUAGAAAGCAGCAGCCAGCACAGCCCAGGUCUUCUCUCAUCUCUCCUUUCCUCAUUUAUUACUAAAGGAGUCUGGCUGAUAGUAUUACUUCUUUAUGCUCCCAAAAAAAGACAAAGAUAAAAAUUACUUCUUAUUCCUGUCAAUCAGAUGGAAACACAAAUGUCAUGGGGCUGUGUAUCAUUGAAGAAACCUGGUGUCUAGGAUGAAAUUAUUUUAAAGAACUUCCACUAAAACACUUGAACAAACUGUGAAAGGAAAAGAAUUAGAGUGUGUUUGAAUGGAAGACUUGUGACCUAUAGCUGGAACUUUGAUCUUCAGCAUUCACCUUUGUGUGACUUCAGCGUCUCAUUUUAAUUCCCUGCUUCUGGGCAGGGGACUCUGGUCUUAGAAUAUUUGGAUAUAACUGAAUUGUAGAUGGCAAAAAAAAAAAAAAAAAUUGAUGUUGUGUUGUGGUUUUGUUUUUAAAAAAUUAAAACGGGUCAAUUUUC